AUAUCAGUCUUCUUCGUCGCUCUGUGGUGUAAACAACGUAACAGUAAAUCGACGGUGGGUCGCGCACCGCGUAUCAUAUGAUAUUUUAUUAUUAUUUUGACAAGCAAAGCAACUUGCAUAUUUUGUUGUGUGCUGUGUUUUGUGUUUACUAGUGAUUCAAAAAAAAAAUACGAUACGAAAAAGAAAGAAGCUCUCUCAAACGGUGGUGGUGUAUCGAAAGUCGAAACUCGAGGAAUCUUCGCAAGGAUUUUUAUUUUCUUUUUCGUUAUUUUUGAUUUUUAUUUUUCUAUUUUUAUGUUUGUUUUAUUCUUCCUUGUGGUGAAGAAAUGUGAAGCAAGUGAAAUAGUUUCAAGAAAAAUAAAAUGAUGCAAGUUCUUCGACGAGUAUGUUUUUAUUGUUUAUCGAAGAAAGAAUAAAAAUGUUAACCACAAAUCGUAAAGGAUAACUGGAUAAAGUGUUUCACUGUUUUUGUUUUUUAUUUUUGGAAAAAUCAUGUAAAACCGCGCAACCACAAACCAAAAAAAAAAAUAAAGUAAAAAAAAAGGAUUACAAAACGAACAAGUAGAAAGGAUUAUUUUUUAAUUUUUCGUCGUCCUUAAUUUUUGAAUAUAAUUUUUUUAUAUGUUGCCAUUUGUGGACGAGUUGUAUUUUUUAUGUUUUUGGAUUUUUUCUCUUAAUUUUCCAACAACAACAAAAACAACGAAUAACACUUCUCAAACGUCCGUCAAAAAUAAUACAACUACACAAACAACGAGGAUAACAAGCAAUAAUAAUAAUAAUAAUAAUAACAAAACAACGACGACUACUACGAAUGUCCUGCGGUUGCUAAUUAAAUCACAAUUAAAAAUUAAAAAUAAUGAAUCCUUAUGAAUAUGAAACGACACUCGAUAGCCGCGAUAAUAGUGGAGUUUUACGUGGAAUUGUCCAACAACAACAAUUUAAUCAAUUGCAACAGCAGCAGCCACAACAUUAUGAUUAUGAAUAUCAACAUUUACAACAACGUGCAAACGAACGAGAUACAAGGACACAAAUCUCACAUCUCAGAGGAGGCUGUCUCCUUGAAGGAGUUACGCCAUCGGCACCACCGGAUGUCCCACCGAGGAAUCCAACAAUGAAUCGAAUGAAUAAUGGUCGUUUAGCUGGUAACCCAAAUGAUUUGGGAGUAGAUUUUGAGCCAUCGUGUUUGGUACGAACGCCAUCGGGCAACGUUUACAUUCCUAGCGGUAAUUUAAAUAUAAAUAAAGGAUCCCCAAUAGACUAUAAAAGUGGUUCGGCUUGUUCAACGCCUACUAAAGAAACCUUAAAAGGUUACGAGCGCAGCGGUAAUAGCUGCAUGGGCCCCGUGUUACCCCCGCGAAGUGUUAUGGGCGGAAUACCAUCCCAUCAUCAUCAUUACUCUGCACCAAUGAAUUUUCGAAAGGACCUAGCUGCAAGGUGCUCUGCAAAGUGCAUUGCAAUUGUUUCAAUAUCAAUUGUUGUGUCUUUGUUUGUUUUAUUAAUAUUAUUGACAGGCUUUGGUGUACUAGCUUGGUCGCCAUCAUCUCCAUGUACAGUUCUAGUCGGCAAUGAGGCAUCCGAAGUAACGGCAGCCAAAAGCACAAAUACAGAUUUAUCAAAAUUGCACAAUACGGCGCGAGCAUCUAAAUCCGGACAACCAAUAACGGUAACAGCAGCAACGUCUUCGGCAUCACCCUCGUCUUUCCAAUCAACAUCAGCGUCAGCGUUGGCUCCGUCAUCUUCGGCGUCAUCAACGUCAUCGUCUUCGUCGUCAUCACUGGUGAACAGCAAUAACGGAGAUCGGAAAAACAAACAGAACUUUCACACUAAUCGACCGCAGCGCCAACGGCAAGAGCAUAACAAGCGUCUUAGAAGGAAUAAACGUUAUCGUCGAAGCAUAAAUGAGGAUGAUGUUGAUGCUUUUUACUCGUUAAUUACUAAAAAAAAAGAAUAUGACCAAACUACCGACGAAGCUGAUGCCGCCAUCAUCGACAGGAAUAAUGGUAACAUCAUCAACGUCAACCCCCGCCCUUUUAACGUUGACAAUAAUUAUGAAUCUCGUCAAACUUCAAAUACGUCGACGAAUAAUGGCACAAAAGGCAAAAACGUAUUAAAUCUCAAUUCAAAGUCUUCCUCUUUUGCUCCUCAACAUCGUUCUAGACGUUUCCGUCAUCACAGUAAUGAAUCAAAGGAGAUGCUCUACGAUGCGGAUGAUGAUGACGGUGAUAGAGAUGGUGAUGGUGAUGGUGAUACCGCUGCCAUCAUAACCACCACGUCUGCCAUCGUCGUCGUCGUCAAUGAUGAAGUUGUCAAGGUAUCAACCAUUUUGCCAUCCUCUGCCAACGAUGAUGCUGACUACGACGAUUAUAAUGAUCCACAAGUCGUCGUCGUUAAGAAUGUCACCACCCGCACCCGUACCACCCACACAUCAGCAGUUCGUAAUAACUUGCUGGAUUCACCAACGCGAAAGCCAUCUUCACCACAACAAACGUCACUACCUACCACCGCUGAGAUACCCCCGACAACUUUCGAUGACAAUCCAUUAAACACCAAUUUGAUACCAGGUAGAAAUUUUAUUGAUGAUGGUAAUAGUGAUGACGGUGCGGGAGAUGGUGCCAUCAGCGAUGAAUUUGACAACGAUGAUGGUGCUAGUGCUAGUUCUAGUGCUAGAGCUAGUAGAGGUGGUUACUAUUCGUUGCCAUCCUCAUUUGCAUCAUCAUCACCAUCAUUUUCAUUAUCAUCUGCAACUACAAUGGAUUUGAAUGAUAAAUUCAACGACAAAUCGAAAAGUCUACACCACCAUCUGAUUGAGAUAAAUGACCGAAGCGACACUACUGCUACUACAAAUGCUUCUAAUAAUUCCCUUGACGAGUUGUCGGACGCCAUUGGUGGUGAUAAUGUUAGCAAAACGGAAUCCGAUGACAUCGAUGAGUUGAUGAUGAGCGAUGGCCUACUUCCAGUCGACAAAAGCUCUGGAUUUGUUCCCUAUGACAAUGUAGAGGAUGUCGACAUUGUCAAAUUGGAGAAUGAUCCGAGUUCAGAAGACGAUUAUUAUAAAACCUUUAACAAGAAUCCAGAGGACAAUAGUUUGAUUGAUAUAAAAACAGUAAAAUCGGUUGAAAAGCCAUCAUCGUCGAAACCCAACGAAACACCAAAUAAUGCUCCGUCUAUUUUGACAUUAACCCCAGAGCACAUUGGUGGCAAAAGAAUUCUUGUCAAUCUGACAAUAGCAACAGACGAUGGAACUGGUACCGUUAAUCACUCAGUCUACACGCUGCAUGUGUCAGUGCCGGCUGAAGAAAUUGUCAAGAAACCACCAGAACUUCCAGCUCCUGCAGAAUUGAGAGAUCCGUCAAGGUACUGCAUUCCCGAACCGCCACCGCGUAUACCAGAGUGUCCGUGUAUUUGUAAGGAUCUAACUCCCCCCUCAGAUCCAGUUGUUGUUGAUUUCGAUAAUGACGAGAGUAAUGAUAUCAACGAUGAUAUUGAUGACAGAAAAACCGUAAACAAUAAUAAUCCCAAAAUUAUUCCCGAUUCUAUAAGUCCUUCUACAACUAUUUCUGUCCCGCUAUCGAGUGAUGCUUUUACUACCACUGUGGGGCCACCUGAUUUGUCUGCAUGUCCCGAUAUAGGGCCUGUUCUAAUAUUAGAAGGUGCACGAACAUUUCCGGCGCGCAGCUUCCCACCAGAUGGCACGACGUUCGGUCAAAUCACGCUCGGCCAAAAGCUCACAAAGGAAAUUCAACCCUACAGCUACUGGAAUAUGCAAUUCUAUCAAUCGGAACCGGCUUAUGUCAAAUUUGACUAUAGCAUACCGCGCGGUGCAUCCAUUGGAGUUUACGGAAGACGUAAUGCCCUGCCAACGCAUACGCAAUACCAUUUCAAGGAAGUGUUAAGUGGGUUUAGUGCAAGAACUCAACGUGCCACUCAUCUCUCGAUAACGCGUGAGGUGACACGUUACAUGGAACCCGGACAUUGGUUCGUUUCACUGUAUAACGACGAUGGCGAUGUGCAAGAGGUCACAUUCUAUGCGGCCAUUGCAGAGGAUAUGACACAAAAUUGUCCAAAUGGUUGUUCUGGCAAUGGACAAUGUUUGCUGGGUCAUUGCCAAUGCAAUCCCGGUUUUGGAGGUGAUGAUUGCAGUGAGAGUGUUUGCCCUGUGCUCUGCUCCCAGCACGGGGAGUACACUAAUGGCGAGUGCAUUUGCAAUCCAGGAUGGAAGGGCAAGGAAUGCUCCCUCAGGCAUGAUGAAUGUGAAGUGGCCGACUGUAGUGGCCAUGGGCAUUGUGUGAGUGGCAAAUGUCAAUGCAUGCGGGGCUACAAGGGAAAGUUCUGCGAAGAAGUCGACUGCCCACAUCCGACAUGCUCGGCUCAUGGUUUCUGUGCGGACGGUACCUGCAUCUGUAAGAAGGGCUGGAAGGGUCCGGACUGUGCGACCAUGGAUCAAGAUGCGUUACAGUGUCUGCCCGAUUGUUCUGGACAUGGAACGUUCGACUUGGACGCCCAGACCUGCCACUGUGAGGCCAAAUGGAGUGGUGACGACUGUUCCAAGGAACUGUGUGACCUUGACUGCGGACAGCAUGGACGUUGUGUUGGAGAUGCAUGCACUUGCGAGCCCGAAUGGGGCGGAGAGUUCUGCAACACAAAGUUAUGUGAUAGUCGUUGCAAUGAGCAUGGACAAUGCAAGAAUGGAACGUGUCUUUGUGUAACCGGCUGGAAUGGCAAGCAUUGCACAAUUGAGGGCUGUCCAUCGGGCUGUUCGAAUCACGGACAAUGCAGAGCUGGCGGUGAGGGUCAGUGGGAAUGUCGGUGCUAUGAGGGUUGGGAUGGACCGGAUUGUGGUAUCGCCCUCGAGCUCAACUGUGGCGACAGCAAGGACAACGACAAAGACGGAUUGGUUGACUGCGAAGACCCCGAGUGCUGUGCCAGCCAUGUGUGUAAAACAUCUCAGUUGUGUGUUUCGGCUCCAAAGCCAAUUGAUGUUCUGCUUCGAAAACAGCCACCAGCCAUUACGGCAUCCUUCUUCGAACGAAUGAAAUUUCUCAUUGAUGAGAGUAGUUUGCAAAACUAUGCCAAAUUGGAGACUUUCAAUGAGAGCGUAUUUUGGAAUUAUUUCAACGCAAGCCGAUCAGCAGUUAUACGAGGCAGAGUUGUCACCUCUCUCGGUAUGGGACUGGUUGGAGUACGAGUUUCAACAACUACCCUACUUGAGGGUUUCACACUUACCCGUGACGAUGGAUGGUUUGAUUUGAUGGUAAAUGGUGGCGGUGCGGUUACUUUGCAAUUCGGCCGGUCACCAUUUCGGCCACAAAGUCGUAUAGUUCAGGUUCCAUGGAAUGAAGUGGUUAUAAUAAAUGUGGUAACAAUGUCAAUGUCAGAUGAGAAGGCUCUAGCAACGGUGGCGCACACGUGCUUCUCGCACGACUACGAUGUUAUGAAACCUGUAGUUUUGGCCUCGUGGAAACAUGGCUUUCAGGGAGCUUGUCCGGAUAGAAGUGCUAUUUUGGCUGAGUCCCAGGUUAUUCAGGAAUCAAUACAAAUUCCUGGGACGGGUUUGAAUCUGGUUUACCAUAGUUCAAGGGCUGCUGGCUAUUUGUCAACGAUAAAAUUGCAACUAACUCCGGAAGUCAUUCCACCAACUCUGCAUCUAAUCCAGUUGAGAAUAACGAUCGAAGGUAUUUUGUUCGAGCGCGUGUUCGAGGCCGAUCCAGGGAUCAAGUUCACUUAUGCCUGGAAUCGUCUGAACAUCUACCGCCAGAGGGUUUAUGGAGUCACCACAGCUGUGGUGAAAGUAGGCUACCAGUACACCGACUGCAAGGAUAUCAUUUGGGAUAUUCAGACAACCAAGUUGAGUGGCCAUGAUAUGUCUAUUUCUGAAGUCGGAGGAUGGAACUUGGACAUUCAUCACAGGUACAACUUCCAUGAGGGAAUUUUGCAAAAAGGAGAUGGAUCAAACAUUUAUCUUAAGCAUAAACCACGAGUGAUACUGACAGCUAUGGGUGAUGGUCACCAGAGACCAUUGGAGUGUCCAGAUUGUGAUGGUGUAGCUAUUAAGCAAAGGCUUUUGGCACCUGUGGCCCUGGCCGCUUCUCCAGAUGGAAGCUUAUUCGUUGGAGACUUCAACUACAUUCGAAGAAUCAUGACCGAUGGCACCAUCAAAACAGUUGUAAAAUUAAAUGCUACAAGAGUUUCCUAUCGCUAUCACAUGGCCCUGAGUCCUCUGGACGGAAUUUUAUACAUAUCGGAUCCUGAAUCACAUCAGAUCAUUAGGGUAAAGGACACAAGCAACUUCUCCAAUCCAGAGAAGAACUGGGAACCAAUUGUUGGCUCUGGAGAAAGAUGUCUACCAGGAGAUGAAGCACACUGUGGUGACGGAGCACUUGCAAAGGAUGCUAAGCUCGCUUAUCCCAAAGGCAUUGCAAUCUCAAGUGACAACACGCUCUACUUUGCUGACGGAACCAACAUCCGUAUGGUCGAUCGCGAUGGCAUUGUGACGACUCUCAUUGGCAACCACAUGCAUAAGUCUCACUGGAAACCAAUACCAUGUGAGGGAACACUCAAGCUCGAGGAAAUGCACCUAAGAUGGCCGACAGAACUGGCAGUUAAUCCCUUGGACAGUACCUUGCAUAUUAUUGAUGACCACAUGAUCUUGCGGAUGACACCCGAUGGAAGAGUUCGAGUGAUAUCAGGACGUCCGUUGCAUUGUGCAACGGCAACCACGGUUUAUGAUUCGGACUUGGCAACUCAUGCCACGCUUGUCAUGCCUCAGAGCAUUGCUUUCGGGCCAAUGGGCGAUCUUUUCGUAGCUGAAUCUGAUUCCCAGAGAAUCAACCGAGUGCGAGUAAUUGGAACAGACGGCCGCAUAGCACCAUUUGCUGGAGCAGAAUCCAAGUGUAACUGUUUGGAAAGAGGAUGUGAUUGCUUCGAAGCCGAUCAUUAUCUAGCAACCAGUGCCAAGUUUAAUACAAUCGCUGCUUUGGGAGUGACCCCUGACGGAUAUGUACACAUCGCUGAUCAGGCUAACUAUAGAAUACGCUCGGUAAUGUCAAGCAUUCCAGAAGCAAGUGUGUCGAGGGAGUAUGAGAUUUACGCUCCUGAUAUGCAGGAGAUUUAUAUUUUCAACCGUUUCGGGCAGCACGUGGCCACAAGGAACAUUCUAACAGGAGAGACAACCUACUCAUUCACCUACAAUGUGAACACGUCUAAUGGAAAGCUAUCAACUGUCACAGAUGCCGCAGGAAAUAAGGUAUUCCUUCUGAGAGAUUACACUUCCCAAGUGAAUUCGAUUGAGAACACCAAGGGUCAGAAGUGCCGUUUGAGAAUGACCCGAAUGAAGAUGUUGCACGAGUUGAGCACUCCUGAUAACUACAACGUCACAUUUGAAUACCAUGGACCCACGGGACUCCUCAAGACCAAACUUGACUCAACCGGAAGAUCAUAUGUCUACAACUACGAUGAAUUUGGUCGUUUGACAUCAGCUGUCACCCCAACUGGUCGAGUGAUUGACCUGACCUUCGACCUGAGUGUCAAGGGCGCCCAAGUAAAGGUCUCAGAAAAUUCACAGAAGGAAAUCUCAAUGCUUAUCCAAGGAUCCACAGUAAUGGUCAGAAAUAGCGAAGCCGAAUCUAGGACAACAAUAGAAAUGGACGGAAGCACGACAAGUCUUACUCCAUGGGGACACACCGUUCAAAUGGAGGUGGUGCCAUAUGCUAUUCUAGCUGAGAUUAACCCACUGAUUGGCGAAAGUUAUCCCGUCCCAGCAAAACAAAGAACAGAAAUCGCUGGUGACCUGGCGAACCGAUUCGAAUGGAGAUACUUCGUUAGGCGCUUACAAAGUGGAAAGGGUGGUAAGAGUCCUAGACCAGUAUCACAAGUUGGUCGCAAACUACGCGUGAACGGAGACAAUGUGUUGACCUUGGAAUACGAUCGAGACACUUCAUCUGUUGUGGUAUUUGUUGACGAUAAGCAGGAACUCUUGAAUGUCACCUACGAUCGCACAGCACGACCAGUGUCAUUUAAACCGCAGUCGGGCGACUAUGCUGAUGUGGACUUGGAGUAUGAUAGAUUUGGACGUUUGGUCUCGUGGAAAUGGGGAACACUGCAGGAAGCCUACACCUUCGACAGGAGUGGAAGACUAAAUGAAAUCAAAUAUGGUGAUGGCUCUUCGAUGGUUUAUGCCUUCAAGGACAUGUUUGGCAGCCUUCCACUGAAGGUGACUACCCCAAGAAGAUCAGACUACCUAUUGCAAUAUGAUGAUGCAGGAGCCUUACAGUCCUUGACAACACCUCGUGGUCACAUUCACUCGUUCUCUCUUCAGACAUCACUCGGAUUCUUCAAGUACCAAUACUUCUCUCCCAUCAACCGUCAUCCUUUCGAAAUUCUUUACAAUGAUGAAGGACAAAUUUUGGCCAAAAUCCAUCCUCACCAAUCGGGCAAAGUUGCAUUCGUGCAGGACUUUGCGGGAAGACUCGAAACAAUUCUUGCCGGACUCUCUUCCACCCAUUACACGUAUCAAGAGACAACUUCAUUGAUUAAGAGUGUCGAAGUCCAAGAACCAGGCUUCGAGUUGCGACGAGAGUUCAAGUACCAUGCAGGAAUUUUAAAGGACGAAAAGCUGAAGUUUGGCUCGAAGAAUUCGCUGGCAUCAGCCCACUUCAAAUAUUCAUACGACGGCAAUGCUCGACUUAGUGGAAUUGAGAUGGGAAUCGAUGACAAGGACCUUCCAAUAACACGAUACAAGUACAGUCAAAACCUUGGUCAAUUGGAGGUUGUCCAGGAUCUGAAGAUCACUCGAAACGCAUUCAACCGAACCGUUAUCCAGGACUCUGCUAAACAGUUCUUUACUAUCACGGACUUCGACCAGCAUGGAAGAGUUAAGAGCGUUUUGAUCAACAUUAAGUCAUUCGAUGUAUUCCGCCUGGAAUUGGACUAUGAUCUUCGUAAUCGCAUCAAAUCCCAAAAGACCACAUUUGGAAGAUCAACCUCGUUCGACAAGAUCAACUACAAUGCCGAUGGACAUGUGAUCGAAGUUAUGGGCACAAACAAUUGGAAGUUCCUGUACGAUGAGAACGGCAAUACCGUUGGAGUCGUGGACCAAGGCGAGAAGACCAACCUGGGCUACGACAUUGGUGAUCGUGUCAUACAAGUGGGUGAUGUUGAAUUCAAUAACUACGAUGCUCGAGGCUAUGUUGUCCGACGAGGAGAACAGAAGUACCGCUACAACAAUCGCGGACAGCUCAUUCACGCCUUUGAGAGGGACCGCUUCCAGACUUGGUACUACUACGAUGAUCGUAGUCGCCUCAUAGCAUGGCAUGACAGCAAGGGCAAUGUGACCCAGUACUUCUACUCGAAUCCAAAGACACCACGUCUGAUCACUCAAAUGCACUUCCCAAAACUCGCAAAGACCCUGAAGUUCUUCUACGACGACCGAGAUAUGCUGGUUGCCAUUGAAAACGCCGAGCAGAGAUUCUACGUAGCAACAGAUCAAAAUGGAAGCCCAUUGGCAUUCUUCGAUCUCAAUGGAACAAUCGUGAAAGAAGUCAAACGAACACCGUUCGGUAAAGUUAUCAAAGACACAAACCCAGACUUCUAUGUACCUGUAGACUUCCACGGCGGACUGCUUGAUCCAAGCACAAAACUCAUCUACACCGAAGGCCGUCACUACGACACAACAGUUGGUCAAUGGAUGACACCCACAUGGGAGACCCUCGCAACUGACAUGAGCCUUCCAACCGAUGUCUUCAUCUAUCGAUUCCACAACAACGAUCCAAUCAAUCCCAACGAUCCGCAGCGUUACAUGAUCGACCUCGAAUCAUGGCUAGAGCUCUUCGGUUAUGACCUAAAGAAAAUGCAAAGUAGCAAGUAUACAAAGGAGGACCAAUACGUACCACAAGCCACUAUAAAAUCAGCUUCCCUGGCGCCUGACUUUGGCGUCAUCUCGGGUCUUGAAUGCAUUGUGCAAAAGAUCGAUGAGAAAUUCAGCGAUUUUGACUUCGUACCAAAACCACUUCUUAAAAUGGAACCUAAAACACGAAAUCUACUUCCAAGAGUCUCAUACCGACGAGGUGUAUUCGGCGAAGGUGUACUCCUCUCCCGGAUAGCCGGCCGAGCUAUGGUCAGUGUUGUCGAUGGCAGCAAUAGCGUCGUUCAAGACGUUGUCUCGUCGGUCUUCAACAACUCGUUCUUCCUGGAUCUGCACUUCAGUAUUCACGAUCAAGAUGUCUUCUACUUCGUUAAAGACAACGUCCUUAAGCUCCGCGAUGACAAAGAGGAGCUGCAACGCCUCGGCGGAAUGUUCAAUAUUUCCGCACAUGAAAUAACCGAUCAUGGUGGUGCCGCUGCCAAAGAACUGCGACUCCACGGACCUGACGCUGUAGUCAUAAUCAAAUACGGUGUAGAUCCCGAACAAGAAAGACACCGCAUCCUGAAGCAUGCUCACAAGAGAGCCGUCGAACGGGCCUGGGAACUUGAGAAGCAAUUAGUCGCCGCCGGUUUCCAAGGUCGCGGUGAUUGGACAGAAGAAGAGAAGGAAGAACUGGUCUCACACGGUGAUGUGGAUGGUUGGAUCGGAAUUGACAUCCACAGCAUCCACAAAUACCCCCAACUUGCCGAUGAUCCAGGCAAUGUGGCGUUCCAACGUGACGCCAAGCGAAAGCGAAGAAAAACCAACACCGGCAGUCAUCGAACGAAACAGCGAAAAAAUGCGACACUAACGUCGUGAGACUCAGAUGAAGAUUACUACUAAGGCGAAAUUUUUAGCAAACUAAAAUAAAACGCCCCCAACUAUAAAUAAAUUAUAAAUUAAAAAAAAUAAAUAAAAAUUAGACGCCUACAUCAGCAGCGCCACCUACUAGGACGUGCGUCGCUUGAUGUAUCUGGGCAAUAGUUUUGUAUAAAGUGAAAAAGUAUCUAGUAGUAUAUCGUUUAUAAGCUUGCUCUCUAUCUAUCUUCUUUCUUUGUAAUAUACGAGACAUAAACUCUAUCUAUCUCUAUUCUUUAUAUAUAUAUAUUAUUUUUAAUUAUAUUAUUAUAAUAUUUUUUGUUUCAUUUAAAACAACGUUUUUUAAUUAUUGAAUCUAAAAAAUACAAACAAAAAUGAAAAAUUUACAAAUUGUGAUAUAUUUCUAUACAUGAGCUCGAGAUGAUGUUAUAAUUUUUCAAAAUAUAAAUGUUUUUAAGUUGAUGUUUUUUUUUUCUUAUUUUUAUAAUUGUUUUAUAAGUUACAUUUUUUUCAUAUAGUAGAAUCUUAACAACAAAACAAAAAGAACGAAAACAAGCAACUUUCACACUCACUCCUGGAUGAAGCAAAAAUAAAAUCUCACAUAAAAACUUGCAUAAAAUAUAUCAAUAAAUAAAUAAAAUAGAUUAAAAAAAAAAAAACAAACAAUAAAGCCGUGUAAAUUUAGUUAUUAAACAAAUAAAAAAAAAAACAUUAAAAUAUAAACAAAACUUUAAAACCAAGCCAUCUUCACAUAAUUGUGUAAACUGUAAUAAUAAAAAAACAAAUUAUUUAAAUAAAUGCAAAACAUUUAAUAAAUAAAACAAAAAUGAUGUAGUAACUAUGUUAAACAGAAAUUAAUUAGUUUUAAGUAUAAAUAAAAUGAAAAUGCAAAAAAAAAAAAACAAAAAAACAUAAAACAAAAAAUCUCUAUUAAUAUUAUUGUAAUUGAAUAUCUAGUGUUGCCAGUUUGUAAGGAAUGAAAAAAAGAAAAACAUGAGAAGUAAAAUAUAAAAUAAAAAAUUAAAUUUUGUAAAAUAUAUUUUCCUAGCUUAUAAGAAUAACAAUAAAAAAUAAUAAUAAUAAUAAUAAUAAAAACUCGUAGUACAUAGGUAUUGUGUUAGUAAUUUUAUUUAAAUAUUAAAAAGUAUAAAAAAUUGAAUGGCUAAAUGGAGAAAGCAAACAAUAAAAAUUAAAAAAUUAUAAAAAAAAACAAAUUUUUUAAUCAUUAAAAUUAUUACCAAACCAUAUGACUGAUUUGAAGAGCAUUGAAAUCAAUUUUGAUUUAUACAAAAAUGUCUUUCGAACAAAAUUGAAAAAAUUAAAUUAAACUAAAAAAAUGAAAUGAAAUGAAAACAAACAAAAUUGAAAUGCAUCUCACAACAGAAAAACACAUAUAAAACAUCUAAAUUAUAAGUAAAAAUAAAAUUAUUAUGUAAACACAUAAAACGAAAACUCUACAAAUAAAAAUUUUAAAAAUAAAAACAAACAACAAAUUGCUAAAUAAAAACAAAACAAAAAUACACAAAAAAAUACUUGCGCUGUUUUAUUAUGAAACUCUUUUUAAAGGAUCUGAUCUCAGCUUAUUGGUUGUACUUUUGCAGAUGGACCGAUAUACAGUAUCGGCUUAAAUUGGAAAUUCUAGUCUAAUCCGUGCUUUAGAAACUUGGAACUUGGAGUUAAGGGUUUUGGGCAUUGUUUAGGGUUUGAUGCAGCGAAGCAGAAGUAGAAUUUGAUACAAUUUUACAAUUUAAUCCCAUUCUUCCAUAGACAUUGUAAUGUAAAACUCUCUGAAACUUUCAAAAACUGGUAUUUUUGGAUUCAUUUCAGGUUUUCAAAAAAUGGAAUUUAUGCAUAGCUUCUUCAUUCAAAAACUCUAGUCCAACUGAAAACCAUUCAACUAUCUAUGACAAUUAAGUUUGAAGAACGUUUUUAGUGAAACGUCAGAUUGGUUCGAAAACGUUUAUUGUUUCGCUAGUUAGUGUUUCUGACAUAGUGGCGUUGCAAAAACUUCAAAAACAAAGUCAAACUUUGUUGGUGAACGUUUACUGUUUUGCUAAUUCGUGUUUCUAACAUAGUGGUGUUCCAAAAAACUUCAAAAACAAACUCAAACUUUGUUGGUAAACGUUUACUGUUUCGCUAAUUCGUGUUUCUAACAUAGUGGUGUUCCAAAAAACUUCAAAAACGAAUUCAAACUUUGUUGGUGGCAAUGAUGCAAUAACUUCAAGCUAAAGUGUAUGUAGGAUUUUAAUAUAUUCUAGGCGUUUUAAGGAAAUUCAUUUAAAAAAACAACAAAUAAGCCUCAUCCUAUAUUCUAAAAACCGUUUUUAAAAGUUUUUUGUAAUAUUUGUUGUUUUAUAACUUGAAAAAGGAUCAUGCAUUACUUUUUAUUCCAUGUUUUCUGCCAGAGAAGUUUUUUGAAAAAAUCAAAAAAACUAUUUAUGCUUUUAAUCAUAACUCAAGGUCCUGCCCUGGGCAAUAUUUCCAACUUAGCAUAAAUCUCUUUUAAAACUUGCAAAAUAGUUUCGAUCGAACACAAUUUUCAAAAGUAUUGCUCAUUUUCAUCGUACCAAAAAUCGCCAGAAUUACAUAUUUUUGAAUGCAUUUUUCAACACAGUAACAUGAACGAGUGUUUCUUCAAGUUCCUUGACAAUUGAAAACCUAUAACACAAUAAUAAAUAAGUUUGAUUUCAUAAUUUCUUUAUUUUUUUUUAAUGCAAAGCAAAUUAUCAAAAUGUAAAUCUUUGUUGGCUUCUACAGGGUAAACUAAACUAAACUAAAAAAAGAGAAAAAAUAAAUAAGAAACUUUAAGAAAAAACUAAGAUAAAAGUUAAAAAAAAAAAAAAAAAAUCUCAAAAACAAAAGGUUUAUGGCAUCCAUAAUGCCUAUUUAAUAAUUUCAUUGAAAUAUUUUAUUCUUCCCCACAUUUCAAGAAGAAAUUGUAAAUGUAAUUUCAAAACUAUGAAAAAAUUUAUAAACAAAAAAAAAACAAAAGAAAAAUCUUAAACAUAAUCGAAUGAUAAACAAAUCUAAAGCAAUAAUAUGUAUAUUUUUAUAAUUUGAUGCCCUUAAAAAUCGAGUUAAAUACUUUAAGAGAAUCCUUAUACUUAAAUAUUGAUUUAAACAAAAAGUUGCUUCACUUUCACUCUUUGUUGACUAUGUAUUUAUAAAUUUAAACAAAAUUAAAAGUCAAAAUAGCAGAAUAAAAAAAAAUUAAUCUAAAGUGAAGAUAAUAACAAAA